GCCCGUCUGUCAGCCUACCUGUCUAUCUGCACGGACACCGCAGACAGUUAGUUGGUCAGUGAGCCCGCACACACAGCCCGUCUGUCUGCCUGUCUGUCUGCACGGACACCGCAGACAGUCAGUCAGUGAGCCCGCACUCAGUCAGCAGACACAGCACGGCCAUGAGCACGGCGUUUUCCUGACGCUCUCCACUCACAUCCAGAGAGCAUCUGCAGCUCCAGUUUGUGUGAUCUGUCCAUUCAGAGCAGAGGAGAGGAAGCACUGCAGCAGACAUGCCGGGCCUGCUCCACAUCACGCUGACCGCUCUCCUGGCCAGCUGCGAUGCCUUCAGAUUGGGUUCGUCCCAGCGUGUCAUCCCCCUCAAUUCUCCGGUGGCCCGUCUAUUCCAGGAUGAAGGCCCAGCCCAGCCACACUUCAUCCAGGAAUUAGUCAGAACCAAACGCCACUCAGUCCACGGGUUAGUGCGAGCCCAGCCUCAUUUGGUUCACGACAUGGGCUGGCCAGAGAUACAGGAAACAUCCCGUUCCCAGGCCAAGAUGGACUCUGCUAACUCCUCUCAGUUAAACCCACUGCCGUCUGCCGGCCAGGAUGUAGCCAGGACCCGCCCUGCUGUGGAUGAAAACCUGGAUGUGGAAGACGAGAUGGAGCGUAUGGUUCAUCUGGUGGUUCCUCAGGAUGCAGAAAGCUACAUGGGACGCCCAGACUCCAGCGACCCAGAGAAGGAGCUCCUCGGGGGGCCAGGAGCUGGCGAUGCCUCCUUGGAGGCCUCGGGCUUCUAUGGAACAGACAUGGAGGACAGAGAUAGGGGAGAGGAGGGAGGAGAAGACCGAGAGAGGAGAGGGGGAGAGGACGAGUGGGAGAGAGACACGGGGGAGGACGGAGAGAGGAGAGGGGGAAACGCCAGAGCAGAGGAAGAGGAGAGAGGAGGAACAGACGAUGCAGAUGUCCAUGUAGUGGAUGCCAACCACACAAGCCCAGAUCUGGAUGCUCUGAUUGGCUACAGUCCAUCUUUCCACCCCUCUAGCUCCCCCCCAGCUGAGAUGCAUGAUUCUGGGCUACAGGAGCAUCGUGCUUCCCCGGUCCUGGAGGUGGGUCCUUUAGAGAGAGAGCUCUGGGAGGAAAAUGGUCAUUCCAGCGGCUAUGGACUCCUUCACUCCUCCAUCACUACAACUAGUGCUACAUCUGCUGCUGCGUCUGCUUCGACUGCUGCUGCUGCUGUUGCUGCUGGAGACGCUGCAGGAACGGCCACCCAUGAGACUGACACAGGCACAGACUUUGGGCUGCUGGGAAGUUACACAAAAGAUGAGACAGAGGAUGAAGAGACAGAGCGGGAGGAGGAAGAGGAGGAAGAAACGGGCCUGGCACACAAAGGCGACGUGUUUACCCAGAAUCCCACUGUAGCAGAGGUCGGCGUGGCUCCCAGCAGAGAGCCCCUGCAGCCCAGCGUGGAGGAAGAGGAAGAACAGGAGUUAAAAGGGGGUGGACUGCAAGACAGAAGUGAAGAGGUGGAGAAAGAGAAAUGGAGAAAGCUGGAGGAAGAGGAUACAGGAGUCCGACACAUCGUCCCGCUCACCACAGAUCCCUCCCCCACCAUCGGCUUCACCGACCCGUCCUGGGAUUGGCUGGGGAAGACCAGGCCCCUGCAGACCCUGGGGUCAGAAGUCAGGGGAGGGGGGGUUACAGAGGUCUUCUUACCGGAUUUUGAUGAGAUGGAGGAGGCACAGCAGGUGGUGUGUGUCGACUGGAGCGAGCUGGCUGGACGUGGAUAUGUCAUCCUCAACAUGACGGAAAACUUGAACUGUGAGGAGUUUCGUGUGGACCAGGGCGUGCGGUUGUUGAAAGUCAUGGAGAGAGUGUUCGCUCGAAGAAUGAACAGCCCCGAGGGAUCAUGGGUACUCUACCUGAGCAAGCCUACACACCACCAACACCAGCUGCUGAUGAACGUGGCUUCUGAGCACGGAGUGAUUGCUGCCAAGGAUGUGCUGGACAUGCUGGGAGAGAUCAGGAGAAGUUUGAAUAAGGUGGGCAUCCAGAACUACAGUUCGGCCAGCAGUUGCCAGUCUCGUCCCAGUCAAACACGCAGCGACUACGGCAAGCUGUUUGUGGUUCUGGUGAUCAUCGGCUCCGUCUGCAUGGUCAUCAUCACAUCUGGAUUAAUAUACAUCUGCUGGCAAAGACGACUGCCUGCAACCAAGACUACGUUCCGCAAUGAAGAACUUCACUUUGUGGAGAACGGUUGCCACGAUAACCCCAUGCUGGACGUGACCAAUGACAACCAGCCUGAGAUGCAGGACAAGAAGCCGAGCACCAAUGGGCUCGCGGCUGGAGGAGAAGGAGGCAGGGAGGAGGGCAGUCGCUGGCAGGUGUUUGUCAAUCAAGCCGCCACUGAGGAGGAAGAAGAGGAGCAGGACACACAUCUCUGAUGGACGAAGAGAAAGAGGUGACGGGUCAUGAAGGUCUUUGAGAGACAGAUGAUAAGUGAAACUGAGAGGAGAGAAGAAGAAGAAGAUGACAGUAGAGAAAACAGAAGAGGAGGAAGAAGAGAACAAAGACAGAAGGGAGAGAAA